CAAUGCCGGCCAUCGUCCGUCCUGUUAAUGGAUCUCUGCCCGCUAGGACACGCCAGUCAGUCUUAAGCGGCAACUUGCAAGAAGUCCGUGCGUGGCUUUCCGAGGCGGAAGGUGACGUCAACGCCGCUGACCAACUCGGGUUCCCUCUCCUAUAUACGGCUUGCGCUACGGGUCACCGGGACAUCGUCAAGGAACUCCUCCAGCAUUACGACCUCCACCUCAACUCCAGGCACACGGGCUCGGAGAAGUACGUGGUCGGGAGGGACUGUCGAGAUUUGACUCCCCUGUGCAUCGCGGCUUUUAACGGCCAUGAGGACUGCGUUGAGCUGCUGUUGAAGGCUUCUUUGCCGUGCCAAAUCGACACGAGCGCUUGGCCCAGGCACUCAGGCACGGCCAUCAUGAGUGCCUGUGACAAUAACCACUGGAACAUCGUCUCCCUCAUCUUCCGCCACCAGCGACGCCUCUCCCUCAAGGAACUCGACCACAUCCUGCCGAAGGCCCGGGCGAACAACAGGCUGGCUCUCGUGUUCUCCAUCCUCUACGAGCUGUUCUCCAAAAGCGUCGUCAGGAGAGAGUGGAGUCAGGCUACGAGUCUCCUGAAGAGGCUGCGGGAGGACGUGAGUCUCUGCGUGCCCUUAGCGGAGGCCGUGAUUUCCAGGAACGCAGGGGAAGUGAGGAGCCUCCUGCGGAAGGAGAGCCAGCAGCCCUUAGACGGGGUCCUCCUAGCCACGGCUGUCGAAGGGAGCAGCGAAGACGUCCUGGAGUUGCUCCUGAACCACGUGUCCUACGCCGAAGACACGCUCGGACACGCCCUGUUGCUCACCAGCCUCAACAACAACCUGGAAAUCCUGCCGGCGCUCCUUCGUCAGUUCUUCGGGGGCUACAAGUACGCGACGCUGAGCCAGGCCAGGAGGAUCGCCGAAGAAGCUCAUUACAGAGACGCCGAGAGGCUCCUGGCCAACGCUCUCGAGGCCUCUGCGCACGCGUGCAUCCAACGAGACAGCAGGAACGUAUCGCCCGCCGCUUCGCCUUCUCCUCCGGGGCUGUCAUCUCAGGUGUGGCUGGUGCCGCCGCGCGUGGCGUCGGGCGCGGGGGCGCCGGUCUCCUUGGACGACGCCUGCUACCGCACCGACACGUCCCCGCGCGGCCUCGUGCUCAUCCUCAACUACAAGGACUUCGACGGCAAGCCGGACCUGCUGCGGGAGGGCUCCGACCUGGACGUGCGCAACCUGCAGGACACCUUCGGCCAGAUGGGCUACGCGACGCAGGUGCACUGCAACCUGACGGAGGACCAGACGAUGCUCAACGUGAUCAACUUCCGCGACCACGAGCGCCUGCGGACCUGCGGCAGCGUCGUGGUCGUGGUCAUGAGCCACGGGGUCGCCCGCCAGACCUUCCACACCUCGGACAUGCAGGUCUUCACGGUGGACAAACUCCUGAAGCUGUUCUCGGACCGGGAGUGCCCCCGCCUCAAGGGCAAAGCCAAGGUGUUCCUGUUCAACUUCUGCCGCGGCACCGACGUGUCCCGGAUGGUCUACCAGACCGACGCGGUACGGACGGCGCACAACGACAUGCUGUGCGUGUACUCGGCCCAGGAGGGCUUCGUCUCGCUGCGGCAUCCGGUCCUGGGCACGCCCUUCGUCAGAACCUGGUGCCAAGUCCUCGCCAACAACGCUUACAACACCAACAUGUACCGCCUCCUGCAGAAGUUCAUGAAGCAGUAUUCCGAAACGGCCGAGGGGGUGUCGGUUGAGAUCCAGAACCUCAACUUCAACAAAGAAUUCUGGUUCAUGCCACAGCAGACGCAGGCGCAGCAGGCGCAGCAGACGCAGAAACCGCCGGCGUAGCCUCCCAUGCAUACUAAAUGUUAGUCUUAGAAUUCUUUUUAAUGCUCUGAUAAAAUUCAUUUUGCGUGUUAU